ACCAGUCCGCAGGUUGCGCCACAAUCGCAUUACACCGGAAAAUCACCCAAAACAUUGUUUUAUAAAGUGGAUCAGUUGGCGUGUUGGCUACUGGUAAAAAAGUGUUUUAAUGACUUUAAAUAAUUUACAAGUACAAGCAGCUAAUCAAUGAGAAGUGAACGCCACGUCGACGCAGUUUCGAUUAGAUUUAUUCGGCGGCGAUAUGAAGACAUCGCCCCUCUACUAUUUACUGAACUGAAGAACAGAAGCGACACACAGAGACAGCAUCAGACAACACAUGGAUAUCUGUCUUACGGAAAAUCACAUGAAUACAGUAAUUUUGGUAAUCAGUCUGUACUUGUGAGACAGAAUUGGACAGCGCAGCACCAAAACCACCCAAGUGCAGGAGUACAUAAUUCAUCAGCAGUGUGCAAUAUUAUCUAGAAUGCAACGAGGUAACAGAGAGAUAUAUUUGACCUCAGUAAAAGUGCAUUGUUCAGGUUAACUAGUACCAUGGAAUUGCAUCCAAUCAUUGAUGACACUACAUCAGAAUUAUGUAAAGGGAUAUGUUAUGUUGUGAGUGGGCAUGCGAAACAACCAUCGUUCCGCGUUGGGCACAGCUGUACACAAUUGGCAAGCGUGAAUGCUGAGCCAGGAAAGGUGUAUGUCAUUGCUGGCGCAAAUCCCUCAGAGUUAUUCAAUGACGUACACACACUCGAUCCAAAGUCGCUUCAAUGGGAAAGGGUGGUUAGCAGCAACGAAGACACAUUUCUUGCACGCUAUGAACAUGCAGCCUUUUCACCAGCUUGCGACCCCUGCAAAAUCUACGUAUUUGGUGGUGCAAACAAGGAGGGAAACUUCAACGAUGUUCAGAGGUUUGACACGACAACAUCCAAGUGGGAGACGGUGAAAGUCAGUGGAACAGCACCACACGCGAGAACCUGUCGCUCUACGGCAAACAUUGGCAAUAAGCUGUACAUAUACAGUGGCGGCAUGAGUGGGCCUGAUCCCAUAUCUGACACGCAAGUGCAUAGCUUUGAUGCAGAGACCUGUAGCUGGACAGGUUUGACGUUGACCGGCGAGCCACCAGAGCCACGUCAUGGACAUAUCAUGUGUGCUAGUGGCAACCGUGUGUUCAUCCACGGUGGAAUGGGAGGUGUAACUUUUUAUAAUGACCUUCACGUCUUGGAUUUGGAUCUCCUGGCUUGGACAAAGGUUAAGGCAGGCAAACAUCAACCAGGCCCAAGAGCAGGUCACCAGGCCGCUGUCUAUGGAAAGAAGAUCUACGUGUUUGGAGGGAUGUGUUGCUCAUGUCAGGCUCUAGAUGACUUGUACAUCCUUGACACAGAUGUGAUGCAGUGGACUAAAGUUGAAUUAAACGGCCCACCACCUGCACCCAGGCUGGAUUUCACCAUGGCCAUUGUAAUGCUAAAACUUGGUGAAACCCCAUCUGUGCCAUCUCUAGAUGUACAUACUGAUAAUGCUCAAGCAGUCUCAAGUAGUUUCCAAGAGCUGAAUCUAGAAGAGGGACAGGCAUUCACAGCUGAGCUGCCUCUAAAGUCUGAGAUGGUCCCAUCGAACACCACAGCACUGGAGAUAGCGACUAAAUUGCCAAGUACAAACACAGAGGCAGCAGUCGUUUCCCCUUCUCCUGUAUCAGGACAUGGAACCAGUGUACAUGUCUGUAUGAUAUUUGGAGGUAUGGACGCCGAAGGAGAAAUAUUUGAUGACUGUCUCGUUAUGAUGCUGUAAACCUUGAUGUCGUUAUGCACUUAUUUUACCGUUUCAGCAUUAAUACAUGUUCUUCAAUAUUUGUUUUUGUGUGCGUGUGCAAAGGUGCAUACUGAAUUUCUGGAAAAAUAAACAUUACACGUUGUACAUUUUGUCA